AUGAAGCAAGCUUCAGUAGAAGCCUCGCACGGCGGUGCAGAGCUGAAGGCGACCACGGGAUGUGUCGAAGAAGUAGACGAGAAGCAGAUGUCGAAAGCAUUAGCAGGCAAAGACUAUGCCGGCGCGGCUGCAAAGACCGACCCUGUUGAGAUCAAGCUUGUCCGAAAACUCGACUUGCGGAUCAUGCCCACUUUAUGCGUCAUGUACUUCCUGAACUAUGUGGACAGGAACGCUAUUGCACAAGCUCGUCUCAACAACCUCGAGGAGGAUCUCAACAUGACCGGAACCCAGUUCAACACUGCCGUCUCGGUCCUCUUCGUAGGUUACGUAUUGAUGCAGGUCCCAAGCAAUAUGAUGAUCACGAAACUCCGACCAAGUCUGUACAUGAGCGCGUGGAUGCUGGUUUGGGCUGCUGUCUCCGCAUGCACUGCUCUCGUCCAAAGCUUUGCUGGUCUGGCGGCUUGCAGAUUCCUCUUGGGAGUGACCGAGGCACCAUUCUACCCAGGUGCUACUUACGUACUGUCGAUUUUCUAUACCCGCAAAGAGGUCGCCGCCCGCAUCGCGCUCUUAUAUUGCGCCCAAAUAUUGGCCACGGGCUUCUCUGGGCUGAUUGCAGCAGGUGUCUUUGCUGGUAUGGACGGGUUGAGAGGUAUUGCAGGCUGGAGAUGGCUCUUCAUUGUUGAAGGUGCAAUAACUGCCCUCGUUGCCAUUGUUGGGUUCUGGAUGCUGCCAGACACUCCCAGCACCACUCGCUGGCUUCUGCCCGAAGAAAGAGAACUUGCACACAGCCGGAUGGAGCGUGACCAGGUUUCAGACACCCAAGGCGAGGCUUCAGCCAUGCGGGGGUUGAAGCAAGCGUGCGCAGAUCCGAGGACAUGGGUUUUCUGCCUCAUGCAGAACUUCCAUCUCUCUGCGUGCUCGUUCAACUCCUUCUUUCCAACGGUGGUAAAGACUUUGGGAUUCAACACGACGAUAACGCUCGUCAUGACAUGCCCGCCAUUCCUCCUCGCGGGGGCCGCUGGAAUAUUGUUCGGCUGGAGCUCCGGAAGAUACCACGAGCGCACAUGGCAUAUCACCGUCGGACUUUCAACCGCUAUCCUCGGCUUUGCUAUUGCCGCGUCGACCUUGAAUACUGCGGGACGCUACGUCGCCUGCUUCAUUUUCCCAGUCGGCGCGUACGCCGUUAAUUCCGUCAUCAUCGGCUGGGCUUCUUCAACGCUGUCCCAGACCAAAGAAAAGAAAGCGGUGGUCCUUGCGAUCACAAAUGUGGGAGGCCAGGUUGGCUACAUCUAUGGAGCGUAUCUCUGGCCAAAGUCCGAUUCGCCACGGUACACAAUCGGCUUUAGUGCAUCUGCUGGCUUCGCGCUAUGUUCCAUACUGUGUGCAUGGUGGAUGCGGGUGCUGCUGAAGAGAGAGAACCGGAAGAUUAUGGCUUCUGCUACGUCGGGGCCGGUAAACUGUUAUGGUUACUAG